UAUUUUCUGGGCCGCAGCAACUCUAUCCAAUUUGAGGACGGGAGAGAAAUGCAAAACCAGUCCACAAAAACAAGGGCGACAGCCGCACUCACAGUCUGAGAAGCUCGCGCAGACACCCAUCAAUGGCGUCGUCUUGUUCGUUGACAACAUCGUUGUCGUCCAUAGUUAACCGCCCUCCUUACUCCCUCUGUAUUCAUCUCCACCGACGAUGCGUCUCUUUCUCUCUCUCCCGUCUCCCCUCCCUCAUCCGCCACCCUCCCACUACCAAGUGGGCCACCACCAUCCCCACCUUUACCCUUUCUCUUUCUAGAAACUUCUCCAAUCUUCCUGAUGCCCUAAAUCUCCGACAUUUCAUGCCUCGUGCUUCUCUCUCUCCUACUGAGAUUCUUCCUGACACUUUGGAAGUUUCUGAGGCUCCUCAAAAAGGUCGUGUUUAUCAUGAGACAUAUGGUUGUCAGAUGAAUGUCAAUGACAUGGAAAUUGUAUUGGCUAUUAUGAAGAAUGCUGGGUAUAAUGAAAUGGUUGAGGCUCCUGAGAGUGCAGAGGUCAUCUUUAUCAAUACUUGUGCAAUUAGGGACAAUGCAGAACAGAAAGUAUGGCAACGUCUCAAUUACUUUUGGUUUCUGAAGAGGAAUUGGAAAACCAAUGUUGCCCAAGGGAGGUCACAGUCUGUCCGCCCUCCUAAAGUUGUGGUUUUGGGAUGCAUGGCUGAGAGAUUAAAGGAUAAGAUACUAGAUGCAGAUAAGAUGGUGGAUGUCGUGUGUGGACCUGAUGCUUAUAGAGACCUUCCACGUUUACUUGAGGAGGUAGAUUAUGGUCAAAAAGGGAUAAACACUCUUCUAUCUCUUGAAGAAACUUAUGCUGACAUAAGUCCAGUCCGAGUUUCAAAGAAUUCCAUUAGUGCUUUUGUCUCUGUUAUGAGAGGUUGCAACAAUAUGUGCUCAUUUUGCAUUGUUCCAUUCACAAGAGGUAGGGAGCGCUCACGUCCUGUAGAUUCAAUUGUUAGAGAGGUAGAAGAGCUUUGGAAGGAAGGGGUUAAAGAAGUAACACUCCUUGGGCAAAAUGUGAAUAGCUAUAAUGACGCAUCUGGAGUUGAAAAGGAUGUUGAACCUGGAAACAAUUGGGAACUCAGUGAAGGCUUUUCGAGUAUGUGCAAGGUGAAAACAACGGGCCUGCGCUUUGCUGACUUAUUGGAUAGGCUUUCCACUGAAUUCCCUGAUAUGCGGUUCAGAUACACAUCUCCGCACCCCAAAGAUUUUCCUGACGAUCUGCUGUAUCUUAUGCGGGAUAGAUAUAAUAUCUGCAAAAGCGUACAUUUACCUGCUCAAUCUGGAAAUAGUGAAGUACUUCAAAGAAUGCGACGGGGCUAUACUCGAGAGGCAUACUUGGAACUUAUAGAGAAAAUUCGCAGGAUAAUUCCAGAUGUUGCUCUGACAAGUGAUUUUAUAUGCGGCUUUUGUGGGGAAACAGAGGAGGCAUUUAGAGAUACAGUUAGCCUCAUCAAGGCUGUUGGCUACGAUAUGGCAUACAUGUUUGCCUACAGCAUGAGGGAGAAAACUCAUGCCCAUAGGAAUUAUACUGAUGAUGUUCCUGAAGAUGUCAAGCAAAGGAGGCUGACAGAAAUGAUCGAGACCUUUCGUGAGAGUACCGGUAAGAGGUACGAUUCUCAGGUUGGUACAAUUCAGCUCGUGUUGGUUGAAGGACCCAAUCGAAGAGCUCCUGAAACAGAGCUGAUUGGUAAGAGUGACAAGGGUCAUAGAGUUAUAUUUCCAAUUAUGCCAUUGCCUAAUAGAGAUAGCCAAGAUGAAAAUAAGCGAAAUCCUGGAGUUGGUGACUUUGUAGAAGUCAAAAUAUCGAGAUCCACGAGAGCAACCCUCUUUGGGGAAGCUCUUGCAAUAACCAAACUAAGUUCUUUCUACAAGGUUGCGGAGGAAGAAGCCAUGGUUUGUGCUGGUAGAUCAUGAUAAGGUUUAUGCUUACAAUAUGUAAUUUAUACUCAUAAAUUGCCUUUUUUGUACUAGGAAAUUUUGGUUAAAUAUAGCGAAACUUUAACCAUAUUUAUUUGUCUCCCCACUGCUUCACUUGUUCUGCCAAUCAAUCUGCCAUGAACACUGGCUUCAUUAAGGAAACAUGUAGGAUAAGCAGGACUGCUCUCCAUUAAUGGUGGGUGACAAUGAUCUGCUGCUUGUAUUUUGUACAGAAAUUAUUGGUGUACCCUUGAGCUUUGACUAUUAUUUUAUGAGACAAAGUUGAAACUUCAGAAGUUGGAAAUUGGAAGAAACAUGAAUGGUGAAGCCUCCUUUGUAUAAAGUGAAUGAUGAAUGACACAAACUCCCUUGCUCAAGCUCUAUAAAGUUCAUAAGAUUUCAGGUGACUCAAAUUCACCCUUAAUCAUCA